AUAGAUUAAUGUAUGCUUGAUACACCCGGUAGAAGGAAACACGGUCAUUUAAACUGCGCAUGCGCAGGCAGAUAAAUGACAGCGGAGAAGGACCGAUGAGAGACGAUCUUUUCUUUUACAGACAAAGAUUCACGAAAAUUUGCCGGAAUGAAUGUGAACAGGCAGCUCAGUCAAAGGACGCUAUCGUUCUUGUCCUAUGGAUCCGAGAAUUCCUUCAGAGGAGAGUCACCAACAUGGACCUGUGUCGCGGUAAGGAACUAUCGGACAUCGGGAACCGACUACAGUUGGUGAAGAUGUUAUGUUUGACAGUACUACCUAUCCUUGGCCUAUGGGCCUUCAGUGUAUACACUCUCACAGACAUCGUCAAACGAAAAACAGAGAACGAAAAGACCAAGUUCCAGUUACAAUUGAGUGUGGAACUGGGCAAACUUAUCCACCAUCUACAACAAGAGAGGGAUAUGAGUGUGCUGUAUCUUAGUGACCUUGGUCCAGAGACGAAGACCUUCCUUCUGACUGAAUAUAUGUUUACCGACAAGGCUAUAGACGCACUUUCCGAAUGGCCAGCCGAUCUUGACAACAAGAAGAGGACCGAGUUCGAAUCCAAGGGGAAGUUACAGGAAUAUCUUAAAUUCCAUCGCCAGCUCUUAUCUAAAGACACUUACAAUCUCCAUGUAGAGAUGGAAUACUACACUCAGGUGAUAGAUGUGGUCAUUGUUUGGCUAUACAAAUCCAUCACCAGGGGUCAGUUUGCCGUGGUGUGGAAAACUCUGGUAGCCUAUCUAAAAUUGACCAGUGGCAAACAAGACGUUGGAAUCGAACGCGCCCUCGGUACUCUUUUCUUCGUGCAAGGGGGUUUCAAGACCCAAGCGUACUUUGAGAUGUACAAUAAUCGGAUCAGUCGAUUCAAGGCAUUGUACACCACCGCUGAGCUUUAUUCUGCCAGAGUUGACCGUCUGUAUACUUCCGGUGUCGAAAUGGUGGAGACAAAUAUAACUGGUAUCAUCAACAACUUCCGGAACGAAAUUCAGCAUCACACAGAGGAAGCCACGCAUCCAGAUAUGGAAAAGGCACGUUACUGGUUUGACAAUAUGACUAUUUACCUGGACACUUUGCUCGAGAUUCAGCGAGACUUGGGCUACGAGAUUAUAGACAUCCUCGACGUUGUCAUCGACCAAACGACAAAAAAUCUAGCCGUCAGCGCUGCUUUUCUCUUCGUUGUUCUCGUCAUGUGUCCUCUGGUUAUCUACAUAACAGAAAACCUGACCAGCAGUAUUCAGAGAUAUGGAUUGACAUUGGUGGAUCGAACCAAUGACCUACGGAUGGAAAAGAAGAGGACAGACGGACUGUUGUACCAAAUGGUUCCCGGGUUUGUUGCUGAGAAACUGAAGAAAAACGUCGAGAUAGCCCCGGAGUAUUUUAACUCCGUGACGAUUCUGUUCCUUGAUAUAUUCGGCUUUAACAGGAUAUCGAGCGAGUGUUCUCCGGAUGAAAUAGUGGUGCUUAUGAAUUCGGUAUAUGGGACUAUAGAUGAUCUGUUAGAGGCCUACAAUGUGUACAAAGUGGAGACAAUCAAGAACUGUUACAUGGUUGCAUCAGGACUGCCUAUCAGGAAUGAAGACCGCCACUCCUCCGAGGUGGCAAACGCGGCUCUGGAGAUGCUUCAGCUCAUCCAGACCAAGCGCUUCUCAGUAUCAGGAAAUAGAUAUGUCCAGCUCCUCAUCGGAAUCAAUACAGGUCCCUGUAUAACCGGUAUUAUAGGCGAUGUCAUGCCGAGGUACUGUGUUCUGGGUGAGACAGUCAACUUUGCUGCCAAGAUGAAAAUGGAGAGUGCCCCAAAUAAAAUCCUCAUUACCUUAGCGACCAACAACGCGUUGAAGAAAGCUGGGAACUACAUCACGAAGGAACGAGGUCUUAUCAAUGUUAAGGGAAAAGGAGAGGUUCCAACUUUCUGGCUCCGUGGAAAACAGUGUGAUACUAAGAUGAAAACUGAAGUCGCCACCAUGGAUGAGACUGCAGAAUCCGACACGGAAGGCAAUGCCCAGUCGCCGAAAAGUUCAUUGACAGAUAUUAAUCAAGACGAGUUGCCAGCACGACCGAAUCCUCCUUUGUUUGGCAUUAACAAUACAGAAGAGAAAAUCACAGCAAAAAUCUACCCGCAUUCCUUAACGUCGACUACACCCGAGAGUCGAUUUGCAAAGGGCGAUAACCCGUCAGAGUGUGUUUGAACCCUUUGAAGGUUUUUGAAGGUCGGUAUCAAAUCGUUAGAACCAUAUCAUUAUAUGGACGAAACAAAAUACAAUAAGAUAAAGACAUUUCAUCGUAAUGACGGUUUAAGAUGCUACGUUUUGUACAUUUCUUUUGAUAAAAGUAUUAAUUUAUUCAUUUGAUCACUUUCGAGGUUAGUAACAUUUACAAAAAACAUUAGAUUAUUAUCAUUGUCUUAACUAGAAGGAACGCUGAAAUUAGUUAAUUAUCUUUAUUUAUGAAAAACGAACGAACACAACAACGAUUCUGAAUCAAAUACGGAAAAAAGACAAAAGAAAACAGAUAUCACAAGCCCGAAAACAAAGUAUUUAAAAACAUGGGUUAAGUAAGAAAAAAGUCAAAAAUUCCAUAUAUCAGAAAUUAUAGUCUUUGUACAUUUGUACAAAAUCUUUAGUACAUUGGUACAAAAUCUGUAGUAUAUUUAUACAUAAACUUGUGAACAUUAGUACACAACCUUUCUGGAUUCUAAACUUUCUAUACAUGAGUAACAGGCAUGCCGACUGAGCAAUACGUGAAAUGCUGUAACUUCAAAUUAUAAUUUACAUGAGUGAUCAACUAGUCACAAAAGUUUGGUGUACUGUUAUAUAUAUAUAUAACAUUAAGGUUUUUUGCUCAUUGAUAUUGAAUAUGUAUUAAUAUUCAGAAGAAAUUUAUGCAAACAAUUUACGUUCAUCUCACAGAAUGUAUUGAAAAAUGGGCAGCGUGAUGUGUACGAUUAGGUAAAGAUAAGUUACAAAGGAGGAAUGGCUGAUUUUAAUACUGUAAUACUACCAAUCAUUUAUAUUCAAGUGUGAUUGAUUUUCUCGUUACUGUAAAAGUGGAUAUUUUCGCGUGUGGAAAUUUUCGCUUAGCCAGCUUCCAAAGUGUUCGCGGUGUGGAUAUUUUCGCGCCGUCAAGAUAUUUUUGC